AUGGAACCAUUUGAUAAUGUGACUACCUAUUUUAGUGGCUCUAAAUAUGCUACUUUAUUAAUUCCUUCCCCUUUAAUUCAAACCCUUAAGUAUAUAUUUGCUAAUGUUGAAAUAACAGAUGAUAUUUUAAAUAAAGAGGAUAAGCCAGAUACGGCUUAUUACUUUCGCCACGAAGAAUCAUCUGAUGAUGAUAGCAAUGAAUUAGACUUUGAAAUUUCCAAAACUUUAACAAACCAUCACCAAAUAGAUUCAAAUAGAGUUACCCCUACUAAUUCGUCAAACAAUUUAUUACAAAAUGCUCAAGAAGAAGCUAAGGCUGAAUUAACACGUCAAUUUGAAUUAUUAAUUGCUACAAAUUUAGAACAAACAGCAGUAUCAAUAUUCGAAACUUCAAAAAAUAGUGAUAUUUGUCGUGGUCGAUUAUAUUCAUCAAUUUUUGGCACUUUUACAAACAAUCUUAACUUUG